UCCCCAAAUGUUGGCCCGUGGGCGGGGUCGCCGGGUGCUAAGGUUGGAUCACGCUCUAUCUCCUGCAGCCCGCCCUUUGCUCUGGAGAGGGCGGUUCCACCCUUUGGACCUCAAGGUUUCCUUGGGCAGAGCGCCCGGCAGACGGUGGAAAGUGGUCUGGACGGGUGAUGGCUGCCACGCGCGCAGAGUCACGCGCGCGCGAGAUCUUCACCACGCUGGAGUACGGACCGGUGCCGGAGAGCCACGCAUGCGUGCUGGCCUGGCUGGACACCCAGGACUGGUGCUUGGGUCACUAUGUAGACGGAAAGUGGCUAAAACCGGAGCACAGGGACUCGGUGCCCUGCCAGGAUCCCGUCACAGGGGAGCACUUGGCUAGCUGCCUGCAGGCCCAGCCUGAGGAUGUGGCGGCGGCGGCAGAAGCGGCCAGGACCGCGCUGGAGAGCUGGAGUAGACUCCCUGGGGCCUCCCGGGCCCAGCACCUGACCAGGCUGGCCAAGAUGAUCCAGAAGCACCAGCGGCUGCUGUGGACCCUGGAGUCCCUGGUUACUGGGCGGGCUGUCAGAGAGGUUCGAGACAGGGAUGUCCCCCUGGUCCUACAGCUGCUCCAGUACCAUGCAAUUCAGGCACACAGCCAGGAGGAGGCGCUGGCAGGCUGGGAGCCCAUGGGAGUGGUUGGUCUCAUCUUGCCACCCACGUUCUCCCUCCUUGAGAUGAUGUGGCGGAUUUGCCCUGCCCUGGCUGUAGGCUGCACUGUGGUGGUCCUCGUGCCUCCGGCCUCCCCAACGCCCCUCCUCCUGGCCCAGCUGGCAGGGGAACUAGGCCCUUUCCCAGGAAUCCUCAACGUGCUCAGCGGCCCCGCCUCCCUGGUACCUGUCCUGGCCGGCCAGCCUGGAGUCCAGAAGGUGGCCUUCUGCGGAUCGGUGGAGGAAGGACGCGUCCUGCGGCGGACUCUGGCAGGCGUGGGGCCCGAGCUGGGCCUGGCACUGGGGGCCGAGUCGCUGCUGCUGCUGACGGAGGCAGCGGACGUGGACUCGGCCGUGGAGGGUGUCGUGGAUGCAGCCUGGUCCGACCGCAGCCCGGGGGGCCUCAGGCUUCUUGUCCAGGAGUCCGUGUGGGAGGAGACGAUGAGGCGGCUGCAGGCGCGGAUGGAGCGGCUUCGGGGAGGCCGAGGGCUGGACGGGGCCGUGGACAUGGGGGCCCGAGGGGCCGCUGCGCGUGACCUGGCCCAGCACUACGUGCAAGAGGCCCAGAGCCAGGGCGCACAGGUGUUCCAGGCUGGUGACGUGCCCUCCGACAGCCCGUUCUUUCCCCCAACCUUGGUCUCCGAUCUGCCCCCAGCCGCCCCGGGCACCCAGGCAGAGGUGCCGUGGCCUGUGGUCGUGGCCUCCCCAUUCCGCACGGCCAAGGAGGCGCUAGCUAUGGCCAACGGGACGCCGCGAGGCGGCAGCGCCAGCGUGUGGAGCGAGAGGCUGGGGCAGGCCCUGGAGCUGGGCUAUGGGCUGCGGGUGGGCACCGUCUGGGUCAACGCCCAUGGCCUCAGAGACCCGGCGGUACCCACAGGUGGCUGCAGGGAGAGCGGGUCAUCCCGGCACGGCGGCCUAGAUGGUCUCUAUGAGUACCUGCGACCCUCGGGGACCCCUGCCCGGCUGCCCUACCGUUCUGAGAAUCUGAACUAUGACACCUUUGGCCUUGCUGUCCCCUCGACCCUACCGGCUGGGCCUGAAACAGGUCCCAGCCCAGCACCCCCGUAUGGGCUCUUCGUGGCCGGCCGUUUCCAGGCUCCUGGGGCCCGGAGCUCCAGGCCCAUCCAGGAUUCACAGGGCAAACUCCAUGGCUAUGUGGCCGAGGGCGGAGCCAAGGAUGUCCGAGGUGCCGUGGAGGCGGCUCACCAGGCUGCACCUGGCUGGGUGGGCCAGUCACCGGGAGCCCGGGCAGCCCUGCUAUGGGCGCUGGCAGCCGCCCUGGAGCGCCGGGAGCCCACCUUGGCCUUGAGGCUGGAGAGGCACGGAGUGGAGCCCAAGGCUGCCAAGGCAGAGGUGGAGCUGAGCGUGAGGCGGCUUCGGGACUGGGGCGCUCGCGCGCAGGCGCAGAACCACAGCCUGCAGGUAGCUGAGCUGAGAGGUCCUGUGCUCCGACUACGGGAGCCGCUGGGCGUGCUGGCUGUCGUGUGCCCAGACGAGCACCCCCUGCUGGCCUUCGUGUCCCUGCUGGCCCCUGCCUUGGCACUUGGCAACACUGUGGUCUUGGUGCCCAGCGGGACCUGUCCUAUUCCCGCCUUGGAUGUCUGCCAGGAUAUGGCCACCUUGCUGCCAGCGGGCGUGGUGAACGUGGUGACGGGGGACCGGGACCACCUGGCCCGCUGCCUGGCCUUGCACCAGGACGUCCAGGCGCUGUGGUAUUUUGGGUCUGCCCAGGGCUCCCAGUUCUCGGAGUGGGCCUCCGCGGGAAACCUGAAGCCGGUGUGGGUGAGCAGGGGCUGCCCCCGGGCCUGGGAGCAGGAGGCUGCGGGGGCAGGCCCUGAGCUCGAACUGCGCGCGGCCCGGACCAAGGCCCUGUGGCUGCCCAUGGGCGACUGACGCAUGCGUGCCACCCGCUCCAUCUCGGACGGAGAAGAGCUGGACCCCGGCAAGACUCCAGAUGUCUGGAACUUCCCUCUCCCUCUGGUUUCUGUGCCCUCAAAUAAACUCUGACCCACGCUGGCUGUGCUUCUGAGGGAGGGAGCGAGCAGUAA